CGCCCAGUUGUUGGGUUUCCGCGGCGGAGGAGAAGAUGGCGGCGGCCAUGGUGUUGGCCGCGGGGCUGCGCGUGGCGCACAGGGUUGUGGCGGUCGCGGGGCCGCGGGGGGCGCAGGUCCGUGGAGCUGCAGGUGUGAAUGAUGGGAAUGAAGUGGCCAAGGCCCAGCAGGCAGCUCCUGGGGGAACGGCCCCAACCAUCUUCUCCAAGAUCCUGGACCGCAGCCUCCCAGCUGAUAUUCUAUAUGAGGACCAGCAGUGUCUAGUAUUCCGUGAUGUAGCCCCUCAGGCUCCUGUGCACUUCCUGGUCAUUCCCAAGAAGCCCAUUCCUCGGAUUAGCCAAGCUGAAGAAGAAGACCAGCAGCUUCUAGGACACCUUCUCCUUGUGGCCAAGAAGACAGCAAAGGCUGAGGGUCUGGGAGAUGGAUACCGACUUGUGAUCAACGAUGGGAAGCUGGGAGCACAAUCUGUGUAUCACCUGCACAUUCAUGUACUUGGGGGCCGACAGCUCAAGUGGCCUCCAGGUUGAACCUACCAACUGGCUAAGGACUCCAGACCUGGACGCUUGGAUGGGGUAGGGGGAAAGGGACCGUGUAACGCUAAUAAACUUGCUCUCCCUCAA